CUUAUAAUCACGCCGUUGAUUCUAAUGACUGCAGGGCAGCUGCUUCAUAAUAACGCGAGCGUUCUACUUUUGUCGCGUCGCGCUCUUUGAGACGGUGUUCCGCUCUACAUGUCUUUCCACAUCAAAGGGAAAUCUCACAAGUUCCAACAGUUCAGCAGUGGGAGGCUGCCAGCGCUUGAAAAGAUCAUUCGCGUCCAAUGCACCAAAGCAAACAAACACUCUUGCCCUCGGAAGUUGCAUAUUUCCAUAAACUGCUCUAUGGAUAAAAAGCGUCCUUGAGUGCAGUCGGUGUUGUUUGCGAUUAAGCUCGAUAUGUCUGAAAAUCAGCCUCUUUGCGCUCUAGUUUUCUUAUCUUCACUCUUCUGCUCGGCAUGCUCACAGGGGACACGAUUCGUUCAUUCAGCUGCACUAGAUGCGGAUGGGAGAUACAACAUUAAGUGGGGAUUUGAUGAGUCCACGAUAACUUUUGAAGUAGAAGUGGAAACGAGAGGAUAUAUAGGAUUCGGUUUGUCACCGACCGGUGCGAUGUCCUCGUCUGAUAUCGUGAUAGGUGGUGUGCUCAGCGGAAGUCCAUAUCUGCUGGACUACUAUACAGACUCAAACAGAAAGGUCCAUAAAGAUGCUCUGCAGAGCUACCAGCUGCUGUACGGCAGAGAGAAUGAUACACAUACCGUUCUGGCUUUUAGCAGAAACCUCCAGACCUGUGAUGACAAUGACAAAGUCAUAACGGGCAGUACAGUGAGAGUGAUCUGGGCAUUCCAUGCAGAGGACGUGGGAGUGUCAGGACCAGUCUACCAUGGGAUGAACAGAGGCAGAAAGAGUCUGCGAUUACUCAACCCUGGAACCAGCUCCAGCAUCCCAGCAGGAACAGCUUUCUUUGACCUUCAAAAUGAGGAGGUUCCUGUACCGCAUAAGGAUACAACGUACUGGUGUCAGAUCUUUAAAUUUCCAGAGCUGAAGAAGAAACAUCAUAUAAUCAGAAUAGAGCCAAUGAUUCAGAAGGGACAUGAGAAUCUAGUUCAUCACAUUCUGCUCUACCAGUGUGACAGCAAUCUGAACAAGAGUGAGAUUGACAGAGGACAUGAAUGCUACCAUCCAAAUAUGCCAGACUCCUUCUUCACCUGUGAAACUGUCCUAUUUGCUUGGGCUAUUGGGGGAGAGGGCUUCACCUACCCUCCUCAUGUUGGAAUGUCUAUAGGAACCUCAAUAGACCCAGUCUAUGUACAAAUGGAGAUUCACUUCGAUAACCCAUCUUUACAAAGAGGGAUAGUGGACAGUUCGGGCCUGCGUUUGUACUACAGCCCCAGCCUGAGGCGCUAUGAUGCUGGGGUCAUCGAGACAGGAGUGUGGGUCAGUCUCUACCACAUGCUGCCCCCAGGCAUGCAGGAUUAUAUUACAGAAGGACACUGUACACAGGAGUGUCUCCAAGAGUCAUUAGACAGCGAGAUGCCCAGUGGAAUUCAUGUGUUUGCAGUUCUGCUCCAUGCUCACCUGGCAGGACGGGCUAUAAGAGCCAGACAUUUCCGCCAGCAGGUUGAGCUCCAGCCACUAGCCUCAGACGAUCAGUUUGAUUUCAACUUCCAGGAGUUCCAGCCGCUCAGCCAGGAGAGGAUCAUCCUGCCUGGGGAUUCUCUAAUCACUGAAUGUAGAUACAACACUAAAGGCAGAAUGAACAUGACCUGGGGAGGUCUUAGUACACGGGAUGAGAUGUGUUUAUCAUAUCUGCUGUACUACCCCAGGGUCAACCUAGCCAGGUGUGAAAGUUUACCAGAAAUCACUGGCCAGCUUAAAUUCAUUGGGGUCAAAGAGAUCCAGGAGCCUGUUACGUAAGUCUGAGAAACCACUUCAGUGAAGGGUUUCUUUGUUAGUGGCAAAUACACAUAUUAGCCUCAUAAUGAUGAAUACAUACAUGGCGCUGUAGUAUGAUUUCAUUGUUUUAUCUCAUUUUAUGAACAUCCCUGUAUAUACCCAAUUUUAUAUUAUGUUCAUGUUAAAGGUACUGUAAGUGAUUUAAUGCAACGUCAGUCCAAAAAUAUCCCAAUGACUGUAUUAAGCAUCCUGAAAUAUCAGUUAUGUAUCUGUGCCUGAGACUAUAUGUAAACUGCAAAAAUUUGAUUUUUGUUUGUUUUUGUUUGUUUGUUUGUUUGUUUAGCAAAUCAAAGGUCUCAUGCAUGUGCCUUUUUGCACUAAUUAGUUGAUCCACAAGGUGGCAACACUUUCCCAGGCUACUGUUUCACAGUCUUAAAAAAGAAACAAGUGAGAUGGAAUGACAACAACAAACUAUAACUAAUGGAGACUGCAAAAACAAUGUAUGACCAUGUUUACCAGAGAUUGUGUGAGAGGGUUAAGAGAUCUCCACAACUUUAGGUUAAAUGUGUACAAAGGCAAUUUUAUUGGUCAUAACUUCUGGAGAGAAAUAACGCAGACACUGGACAAAGAUGAAACUUUUUCUAGCAUGCACAUGGAGAAUGUGUUCAAAUGGAAUAUUUUGAAACUUUGAAACUACUUCGAAAGCUUUUGCAUUCCACUGUGAAGCCCCAAGUAUACUUAUGUUUUUAACGUGUACUAGGGUAUGCUUACAAUGUGUGUGAUGUGAAUUUCGUCAUCACAGUACACACGUAGCCCGACUUUUGAGUCUAGUAAACCAUAAAGCUUAUUUGCACUGCAAACAAGUUUGUUUAAUAUUAUGAUGAUAAAUGAAAAUAAUAUAACAACUACAGUUAGCAAUAUCAAGCAGCAUAACGGACUGUUUUUGUACAUUUUUGUACCGCUCAUAGGUUAAGCUGGAUACUCCAAGCUUUAGUUCCAGAACAGCUAACAUCACUUACAGCUCCUUUAAAAUGAAACUUGAAAGGAUAAAAGGAGGUAGAGUAAUAAGCAGAAAUCUACAAACAUAUAAAAAAAGGACUGUGGGAAACAGAAAACAAUGUGGGAAAAACAGAAACAAUGAGAGAAGUAAAACAAUGGAAAGAAAGUUCAAGUACAAAAAGUUAAUUUAAAUGAAACCAACUUGAGACAAUGCUGUGAAAUGGGAGACCUUCCAAUGACAGCCUAGUUCACAUAAGGCCGGCAUCACAAUCAUAGACCCGUAAUAGCUUAACAGUGAUUGAUUGAUGGCUCACUGGAUGAUUAGAUGAUCAAAUGAGGAUAAAUGUUUUCACUCAUCCAAAUGUUCUGGUUGUCAUGUCAGCACAAGAGCUUUACAAGAAGAUGUGCCAUCUUGCUCCCAUCAGAAAGUACAAAUUGUUUGUCUGACCCACAGCAACAUCUGGAAUGGUCAUUGUAAAAUGUGUUUGUAAAAAAGAAACACACUCUGAAACCACAAGCCACAAGGCUGUCAGACACAUGGGAUCAAAUCUUGUUCAUCCCUCUUGCAAUUUGAGAUAAAACUAAAUAAAUCCAUCAAUCUUAAAGACUUCUCUCCUGUCACGUUUCUGGAAUUUCCGCUGUGCUAAACAUGACAUCUGUGGUCAUAAUAACACCACUGUUGUAUAACCCUUUAUCUUAGCAACACAUUCAAACAUGGUGGUUUUACACCAGCCAUCUAGAAAGAUAAAUACAUCUUGGUUAGUUUUAGGCAGAAUUAGCUCUUUGAGAUGUUAUCACAGCCACAGUAUAAAUCUAAAGAUAUACUCUAUGAGUUUUAAGGGAGGUUCAUGUCUCAAAGCAGCUGCGACUCACCGGUUCUGUGGGCGUCUGCUGAGCCACUGAUGUUUUGUACAGAUUCCUUUCACUGCUUUGUAUAGAGAAAGAGAGAUGUGUGGUUUGUUAUGUCCGCACAUGUUUGUUUGUGAUUUCGUGUGUGAGUGGGCGAAUGUGUGUUUUGGAUGGACGUGGGUGUUUGUGUACGUCUAUAAAUGAGGAACAUCUGAAGAGCCCUGCUGGUGGAGUGUGUUUUUUCGACCCCGAGGCUCAGAGCAUUAUUGUGCUCAGAUGCUGGAAUAAGGGGGAUUAUAAGGGGAUAGACCUGGCAACUCUAAACAGAUUUAGUUUCAAAGCUCUGCCCCAAGCGCCCUCUGUCUGUGAUCACCACACACACUCACAAACACACACAUACACACACACAUAUAAAGCUCAUUGAGCAGAUAUAGUUGCUUCAGGAGUAUCUUAAGUAAAUUAAUGAAACUCAAACCAUCAUAUAUGUUGUGGGGAAUGCACUAAAUGGCACAAAAUAUUUUUUUUAAUUAUUUCUAUAUUUUUUUUAUUUUAUUUCACAGAUGAAGUGUAAGUUAUCAAAGUAGCAGAAAAGCUAGAAAGAUUAAUUAUUACCUUUAUUUACUAUUGCAGAUUAUUUACCCAUUUACACUUAAAAAAAUCAAAACUGCUAAAAAGGAGCUUGAAUAUACUUCAAUGUGAACUAUUAUAUUUGUUUUAAUAGCCGAGCAUAACCUGUGUGACUUUUUUCUAUGAAACACAAUUUGUGUAGCUGUUUAUAUCACUUUGCAAAUAAGGUUGUGAUAUUAAGUAAAUGUAUCAAAUGAUCUCUUUUGCUUUUUGAAGACUUGGCCCUUUGUGAUUAAGAGUCCAAAGAAAUACAGCAACCUUUUAUUCACGGAGGCUAUGGACAAAUACAAGUGGACAAGGAAGAGAGGGAAAGCAUUCAA